AUUAGGUUUGCCAAAAUAAAGACCCAAAAACACAAUCUAUCUUACUUUCUCAUUUUUAGUUAAAAAGGUAUUUGUUAAUUCUCUAUGGUACAAUCGAUGGAAGCGUCAUCAUCAAGAACCAGAUCGCAGGGUACAACUCUUCAUAGCAACUUCCAACGCUCCUUAUCCCCAUCGGGUCGGUUCUGCUCCUCCUCAAUCUCCACCUCCCCGGCUUCAUACUCCCGUCCCGAGUCGUUUCUGACCCGUCCUUCUAGCCCGACCCGCGUCAAUGUCCGCAGAUCCGUUUCCCCUUCUCCCACCGUAAGGUUCUCUACCUCACACAACCGCUCGGUCGCAUCUUCUCAUAACCGGUAUGGAAAUCAGGGCACCCGUGCCCGUCAGUUCAAUUCGGGUCCCAAGAAGACGUGUAUGUGUUCCCCUACUACGCACCCGGGGUCCUUCCGGUGCAGUUUACACAAGAACGACAAUCGGAGCCGUGGGUACAACAGUGAUAGCCAGACGUCGUUUCAGUCGAGUCACCACUUGAAUAUGCGGAGAUCGGCUAUGACGAAUUCUUUGGUGAGAAUCGGAACCGUUGAAGGAGAUUUAGUGAAGAGAGCUCUUGCUGCUUUGAUUCGCCCGUCGUCACAUCAUCUCCGCCGCCGUGACGAUUUCCAGCCGCGGCCAAGCCGACUCUCGAUCAUGUCAAAAGCUCAAUAGUGAAUUCUAUAAUUCGGCGUAUGUUUUGUACAGUUCACUCGACGCGGCGAGUUGAUAGCCGUGAUGGAUAAGUGCGGUUGAACCGCGGUUUUGCGGAAGUUGAAGAUACCAGUUUAGAAACCGUAGCUAUGGAGUUAUAUUGUAGAAAACGGCCUUCUGAAUGAAUGAUUUUACUUUCUCAAUUUAUCUUUUAUUUUAUUUUA